UCCAAUAGGAGGGCGAGCUCGGAGCAGCUCUGUAAACAGUGUGGAAGAGCACAUCCGGCUGGGUCUGUGCGCGAGCGUUUCCUUUGUCCGAGAAGGGCGUGUUCCUUUAACGUCUGCCCCGCGCGCGGCUCCUGUCCCAGGUGCUGAUUCAGACCAGAACCGGCCCAGAUGGAGGAGAAGGCCCGCCUCUUCCUGCAAAAGUUUGUGCAGGAGUUCCCAGUGGUUCUGGAGAAAGACCAACCGCUGCCUGCCAGCCCCCAGAGCCGCAGGGUUUCUGAGGAGGAGCUGCAGGGGGAGAGCCUGGAGCUGGGGCUGAGGCUGCUUUCAUGCAGGGACGCUCCAACGGGCCUCAGUGCUCUCCUGUGCCGCGCUGCGCUGACCCGGCUGCUCACGGAUGACCUCUCACCUUUCCACUGGAGCCGAGAGGCGGAGCCUGAAGAUGGCGAAGAGGAAGUCCUUUUCCAGUCUGAAGGGGUCCAGCGAGUCUUCAUCAACAAGAUGAUCGAGGUGGCGCUGGAGUGGAACCAAGACCCGCCCACUCUGCCCCCCUCCACCUUCCAGUGCGGCGUGCACGCCAUCAAGAACGGGAGGAGGAAGAUGGAGGACAAGCACGUGCUUUUGUCUGAGUUCAACGCUCUGUUUGGCGUGGAGGACGGAGUGCAGCGCGCGUACUACGCUGUGUUCGAUGGCCACGCGGGGGUGGACGCCGCCACCUUUGCCGCCACUCACCUGCAUGUCAACCUCAGCAAGCAGGGGGCGCUGCAGAGCAGCCUGGACUCGGCUCUGAAAGCUGCCUUCAAACACACGGACGACAUGUUCAGAAGCAAAGCUCAGAGAGAGCGCCUGCGCAGCGGCAGCACCGGCGUGGUGGUUCUGAUCCAUGAGCAGGAGCUGACUGUGGCCUGGCUGGGAGACUCCCAGGCUCUAUUGGUCAGGGAGGGGCAGGAGGUGGUGCUGAUGGAGCCCCACAAACCAGAGAGGGAGGAUGAGAAGCAGAGGAUCGAGGAGCUGGGCGGAUGCGUCACCUUCAUGGGCUGCUGGCGCGUGAACGGAACCUACGCCGUCUCCAGAGCCAUAGGUGACUUUGACCAGAAGCCUUACGUAUCUCCAGACGCUGACUCCUCCACGGUGCGGCUGCAGGGCAACGAGGACUACGUGCUGCUGGCCUGUGAUGGCUUCUUUGAUGCAGUCCAGCCUUCAGAGGUCCCCCAGCUGGUGAUGGGGGCCCUGCAGGAGCUGCCCCUCCCAGAGGGAGCGGCUGAAGCUCCGCCCGACAGCGGGAUGGGACAGACCGUUGCUCAGAAGCUGGUCGCUUCCGCCAAAGAAGCCGGGUCGAGCGACAACAUCACCGUCAUGUUGGUGUUCCUGCGUCCUCUGCUGGAGCUGGCCUCCGCCACAAGGGGGCGCUGUGCCGCGCCGCAGACUCCUGCGGAGGCAGCAGCCUCACAGGAGGAGGCAGAGACCUGAGCGGCUCAGCCGUCUGGAUGAUGCCAACAGAGACUGCAGUUUGUGCAGGACCAACCCAGUCCAGACCCGUCCUCUCUGGACCUCCAGAACUCCGGUCCUUCAUGUUCAGGACUGUGCUGCAGACUUCAUAGCUUAAUUCUUCUCUCUCCUACAGAACUUUCCUUCAUCAGCAUCUCACAGUUUGUUUCUUCACCAGACCCAGCUCAGGAACGGUUCUGUGAAAAAGUAGCUAAAACCUGGAGACAGACCUGCAGAGGUUCUGGUUCUGUGACUGCAGCUCCUGUGUGCAUGUGUGGUUCCCUGCACGGUCUGGUUGAAAGACCUCCUCAGCAGUGCCUUCACAGAGCUGGUUAGAGGAACGGUCCACAGCAGGUUCUGAUCCGUUCAGUCCACUGACCUCACGUUCCCUUUGAAGAUCACAUGUGGAGUUCUGCUGCAGACCAUCUGACUGAAAGGUCCGAUAGCAUUUUAUUCUGAGGAGAUCCAGAGAAAUUCAACUUUCAAAUCUGAGAAGGAUCUUUCAGAAUUUGUUUAAUGUUUAGUUUCUCUGCAGCAUCUUGUCACGGACUAACAGAGCUCAGGAACCGGCAGCUGUUCCUCUGUUCUGAUGAUCUUCUGAUUAAAGAGUUUAAGCUGCAUUAAAGCGUCUCCUGACUCUUUUAUUUCAGACUCUUCGGCCAGCAGGGGGCGACAUCAGGACACAUCCACUUGUUUUUUUUCUUAGAUUGUUAAAAGAUUAAAAAAAAAAGAAAAAAAGCCUCUGUCCCCAAAAACAAAGAUUUAUUACAAUUGACAACGCUGGGAAUGAUUUAAUGUUGGGGAGUUAAAUCUUCAUUUGUGAUACUAAAGUUGAGCUUGAAUGAUCUGUUUAGAAUGACAGAUCAGUGAUCAAACCUCAGCUUUCACACGGAUCUCUGCUUUUGAUCAAGAUGACAGAUGUUGGUGUUUUCUAAAACUGAUUUUUGGGGAUGUUCUGUCCAAUAAAGACAAAUGUUUGGA